AUGACACGAGAUCCGAAGCUCGAUCACAACGUGAAGAUCCCGUGGUCUGAGCCCGCCUGGUACCGGACAGGCAAGUCUAUCUACUUUAACCAGUCUCACCGUCGCUUGCGAGACAGCAUACGCAAAUAUAUCGAUGAGAAUAUCCUCCCAUUUGCACUGGAUUGGGAAGAAAAGGGCGAGGCCCCGCACGAAGCUGCCUUGAACUUCUGCCUAUCUGGAAUUCCAUUCGAAGACGUGCCUGGGAAAUAUCGUCCGAAAAAUACUCCUCAGAUCGCAGGGAUCCCCACUGACGAAUGGGAUGCCUUCCACCUCCUAGUUGCAACCGAUGAAAUGUCACGAAUCGAAGGUGGUGUUGCCAUUGCCCUGGCCGGAGCGUCCGUAAUUGGGGCUCCUCCUGUCAUCAACUACGGUACUGAGGAGCAAAAGGAGAAAUGGCUACCAGGGCUAUUUACGAGAAGGACAAACUUUUGCUUGGGUGUAACGGAACCAGGUGGUGGUUCUGACGUCGCAGGCAUUCAAACGACGGCGGAGAAAACCCCCGACGGCAAGUUUUACAUCGUGAAUGGCGCCAAGAAGUGGAUCACCGGCGCUCCAUGGGCUACACAUAUGACGACGGCUGUCCGGACUGGUGGUCCAGGGAUGAAGGGGAUUACCGUGUUGGUUAUCCCGCUCGAUAGCCCCGGAAUUGAUAUUCGGAAGAUCCACAACAGCGGGCAGAAUGCCGGCGGGUCCAGUUUUGUUGAUCUUGAGAAUGUCAGAGUACCAAUCGAGAACAGGAUCGGCAAGGAGAAUGAAGGAUUCGGAAUCAUUAUGAGAAAUUUCAACAAGGAGAGAUACGUUCUAGCCAUCCAGUGUAACCGAAAGAGCCGGACAUGUCUUUCGAUGUCAUUCUCGUAUGCCCUGGACCGCACGACAUUUGGGAAGCCGCUUAUGCACAACCAGGUGAUCAGGCGGAAAUUCGCCGAACUCGCCUACAGAGUCGAGUCUCAUUGGGCGUUUUUGGAGCAGAUUGCUUUCCAGGUCAACUCGUCGGCCUUGGGAUGGCAGUCUCCGGACAUCGCUAGCCAGAUCGCCCUAGCAAAGGUGCAAGGAGGACAGAUGGUCGAGUUAGCGGCAAGAGAAGCUCAACAAGUUUUUGGCGGUGCUGGAUAUCAAAAGGGAGGGCGGGGGGCGACAGUGGAGCAGAUAAGCCGUGACUUGCGGAUGCUGGUUGUCGGCGGUGGAAGCGAGGAGAUCCUCUCCGACCUUGCCAGUUCCCAUUAG